GAAGGAGUAAGGAAAGGAAAGGAAGAAGGGGGACUAACGCGCAUCAGAGCCGGGAUUUUCAAGCUGGAGAGGAGGAGAAGCUCAAGAGUGAAUGGCGCUGUGAGCUCCUUUGCCACGUUCCCAUCAACCUGCCAUUGAUUGAAUAUUGAGGUUUUGGCCCAGCGGUGAAAUGAACCAGAGUGCCGGCUCCCACUUGUCUGGUUCGCCUCAACUCUCCAAAAGCAGCCUCCUGGCCAUCUUGGGCACCUCUCAGCCGGAACGGAUGAGCCUCUCCGACUCCAUGUCGCCCACGCCAAAGAGUGGCACCCCUUCUCCCGGCCCGUCUCCGCUCUCAUUGUUGAGCCCCGGUUGCCUCGAAGUGGGCGAUUGGGAGAGCAGGGAAGAGUUGCGCCUCCGUGAACUGGAGGAAGCCCGAGCUCGGGCGGCCCAGAUGGAGAAGACCAUGCGCUGGUGGUCAGACUGCACGGCCAACUGGCGGGAGAAGUGGAGCAAGGUGCGGGCUGAGCGCAACAAGGCCAGAGAGGAGGUGCGGCACCUGCGGCAGAAGCUGGAGAACCUCAGCAAGGAGCUGACCGGCCUCAAGCGGGAGAGGCAGGAGGCCCUCAACGAGAAGGAGCAGCUGGGCAAAGAGCUGGCCCGCCUCAAAGUGGAUAGCGGCGAGGAAGAGAAGGAGAAGGAGCUCGACAACCGUGUCACCUCCGAGAAGGAGAGCCAAGCUGCUCCGGAGCAGGAACCAGUGCGAGACCCGGGCUCCGAGAAGAUGCCAAAGAAUAAGGAGUUUGAGUUGAUGGAGAACCUCUUGAAGAGCAAGCAAGAAGGGCCGGAGUACUGGGACCAGCGGAGUUCGGUCAGUGUCCGCUCGUCCCUCGCCCGCCAGGAGAGGAACCGGCUGCUUUGGGAAGAUGUCUCAGUCAAUGAAGACGACGCCACCAAGAUCACCGCUCUCAAGCUGCGCUUGGAUGAGUCCCAAAAGGUCCUACUCAAGGAGCGAGAGGACAAGAUGUCCCUCAGCAGGAACAUUGAGAAGCUGGAAGGGGAGCUGAGCCAGUGGAAGAUCAAGUACGAAGAGCUGAACAAGAACAAACAAGAAGUGCUGAAGCAGUUGAAUAUCCUCAAAGAAAUCCACCAGGAUGAGCUGGGACGCAUCUCUGAGGACCUGGAAGAUGAGCUGGGGGCUCGAUCGAGCAUGGACAAGAAGCUGGCGGAGUUGCGCUCCGAGAUGGAGCGCCUCCAGGCUGAAAAUGCAACCGAAUGGGGGAAGCGGGAACGCCUGGAGACCGAAAAACUGAACCUCGAAAGGGAGAACAAGAAGCUGCGGGCACAGAUUGAGGACCUGGAGGAAGUCUUGGCCCGGAAGCGGAGGCAGACGGUCAGCGCCCUGGACACCGAUUUCAAAACUGUCCAAGCGGAGCUCUUUGAGAAGAACAAGGAACUGGCCGACCUGAAGCACGUGCAUGCCAAGCUGAAGAAGCAAUGCCAGGAGAAGAUGGCAGAGCUGGCGCAUGCCAACCGGAGGGUGGAGCAGCAUGAGGCCGAAGUGAAGAAGCUGCGCCUUCGUGUCGAAGAGCUCAAGAAAGAAUUGGCCCAAGCCGAGGACGAGCUCGAUGAGGCCCAUAACCAGGCAAGGAAGCUGCAGCGGUCGCUGGAUGAGCAGACGGAGCAAGGCGAGAAUCUCCAGGUCCAGCUGGAACACCUGCAAUCCAGACUUCGCCGUCAGCAAAACAUCCCCAUUUUUGGGAAGAUCCGUGGCUCGCGCUUUGACCCCGACGAUCCCGGCGACGGCACCAGCGACCUGGAUGAAGACGAAGACCUCCAAAUCCAAGUUCCUUAGCAGCCAACUGCAAGAGGAAAUAUCAACGGUGCUAACGUUAGAGGCCAAGAUGGUUGCAGAACUGAAUAUUGUGCUUGGAUUGUGACCUUGCACAAUAGCAACAUGACCUCUUUUCGAUCCACCCAAAUGGAGAAGAGACACCGAGCUAUGAGAACAGAAAGAGAGACAUUUACACUUCCCUUGAACCACUUUUGGAUCUGAAGCCAUUGGUCCGGAGACAAUUUCAAAGAGAGUGUUGCCAUGCAAUGAACAACUUCCUUGCCUUCCUUGCCCUCCUUAUUCCACCAAACAUCUACAACUACAAAUCUCAUUCAUUCCAGGAACACUCUGCCUAUGUUGGGAUUACUUGUGUUGCAACUCAGAGUAGGUUUCACCUUGCUUCCUAACACCACCACACAAGAGUUGUAGUUUUACAGUUUAUUGAGGAAAAAAAAUCCAUCUAUGCUGAUGAUCGUGCCAUCACCGCUCAAGCAGGGAGCUUUGAGAUGGUUGAACAGAAGCUCUCCGAAUAAAGAAUAAGCACUGCAAAGUC